AUGAAUAAGGAAGAUUUAUACAGUAUCCUUGGAUGCACGUCCGCCGCUACUGUAAGCUCAAUAAUCGCGACAACCUUCGGUUUAGACAGAGCAAAUACUCACUGAAUACAAAGCACGGGUCCGUCAAUUCCACCCUGAUAAGAAAGAUGGCACUGAUUCAGAGUUCUGCAGACUCCAAAGAGCUAAAGAGAUAUUAACAGAUCCAAGUAAAAGAAGGCAUUAUGACACGUAUCUGGCUAUGGGAACGGGAAUGCCUUUAGAUGAGUGGAUGGAACACCGAGAACGUCUUCAGCAGGUGGGGUGAUGAUUAGAUCUCUUUCUUCUCUUUCUUAUUACGAUUUAGCCUUCUGAUAUUACAGACUUUACAUUGGGCGAAUCCUUCUAGUCCGACCCCUGCUAUUGAACUCAAGGAAAAGGCGGGUGUGGAGGCAGAACAACCUGUUGACUGGAAGAGACAUGAAACUUCUACAAUCAACGCGUUUCGGAAUUACCGAAUAUGA